AUGAAAGAGGAUCUCCGGUUCGAAGAAAACCAGCUGGUCAACAUACAAGCAAUGUAUACAGCAGGUGUGGCAAUAGGCGGGAUCCCCUUGAUCUACCUCCUCCCCCGAUUUCCCGUGAAUUGGACAAUUCCUGCGCUUGAGCUAGGCUGGGGACUGUUUACUCUUUUGCAGUAUCGGACUACUUCAUACGCCGAGAUCAGAGCCUAUAGAUUCUUUGUUGGUAUUUUCGAGGCCGGCUUCUUUCCCGGAGUCAACUACGUGCUUGGCUCAUGGUAUCGAGCCGAUGAACUCGGUCGACGUGGUGGCAUGUUCUACAGUGGCCAAAUGCUUGGAAACCUCACCGCCGGUCUGCUUCAGAGCGCUGCUUCUUCUCAUCUGAACGGUGUCCAUGGCCUUGCCGGAUGGCGCUGGGCAUUUAUACUCGAUGCCAUCAUCACGUUCCCCGUGGCCCUUCUCGGCUUUCUGGUCUGGCCCGGCACUCCCGCAAAGCCAAACCGAUGGGUUCUGACCAAGCAAGACGUUGCCUUCGCUCGAAGACGCCUCGAAGCUGAUCAAAAUGACAUUGAGGAAGAAGCCACAAUCAAAAGGAGGAGUACCCGCCAGUUCCUGCGCGAGUACCUCUGGGACUGGAAGUUCUGGGGCCUGACCAUGUGGUAUACGAUCUUAUGCAACACGGCAUCUCUUCAGUACGGCGGCUAUCUUCUAUGGCUCAAGAGCCUGGGCCGAUACUCUGUCCCUAAGGUUAAUCAAUUGGGGACCACCUCGCCUGCCAUAGGCAUCCUCUUUGUGCUUGGGGCCAACUUUACCUCGGAUCUUGCCUUAGGUCCUCUGCUGACCAUGACUGUAGCAGUAACCUGGAAUCUAGUUUCGAUAGUCAUCCUCGCCAUCUGGAGCGUUCCAGAGGGCGCGAAGUGGUUUGCAUUCAACAGUCUCUACGUCCAGGUUGCCCCCGCAUCUCUGUUCUACGGCUGGUUCAACGAGAUCCUGCGCAGGGACUCUCUUGGCCGCUCGGCCACUCUGAUGCUGUCCUACAUGAUUGCGCAAAGCAGUACUGCUGGGACCAGUGUGGCCGUGUUCCCGACCUCUGAAGGCCCUCGUUUCCUCAAAGGCUGGACCUUUGCUGGUGCCAUGUCUGUGGUCUUUAUCGUCUACACGUGGGGUGUAGUGCUACCAUUGUCAGUGAAGGAGGAGAAGAAAUAUGCCCAGAAGGACAGUGCCAGCACUGCGAGUGUUGAGCAGGUUGGUGACGGCUCUGAUCCGGCUGCAAAGGGUAUUGCGGCUUGA